AUGCUAAAGAUGUGCAUUGCUUCAGACGCUUCAGGCUCUUUGGACCAGAAUGCCCAGCCGGCCGAAGUGGACUCCGAGAUUGCCUCGGACAGCGAGGCCGCCAGCGCCGAGAGCAGCUGUGCCAGCGAUGUCUGCGCACCGCCCGAGGAGCUGAGCGGUUCAGACAGCAACGGGGACGGGUACCCGACUGCAAAGACUGCGGCCACCAGGGAUGCCGUCCAUGAUGCUGUCACUUCGGUCACUUCGGCUUCGCAGAAGCUUCUCAAGCGAAGCAAGGGCCGUGCUUUCGGUCUGCGGAGGGCCGCGACGAGCCCGGGCCCACUUCAGGAGGAUGCCGUGGCCCGGGCGCAGCGCCGGGUGCAGGAGCAGUUUGCCGCCCGCCGGCGGGCCAGGCAGGAGGAGCGGAGGCAGAAGGCCCUCGGCCAGUACUCAGUCAACCUGGAGGCUUUCAGACGCGCAACAGCGGCCCGCGCGGCCAAAGAUAAGGAAGCUGCGUCUGCGCCAGAGGCUGGCAAGUCUUCGUGUGUCUUUGAAGUCCUUGAUGGGCAGGAGAAGGGCCAGCGUGCUUUCAGCAAGGGGAAGCCGGCGAAGCAGCCGAAGCAGCGCCGGCGCAUCGCCAUCGUAGGCGCUGGUCCUGUGGGGCUCUGGGCAGCAAACCUGAUCAUGCUGCGCCACGCGCGGCGUGUUCGCCGCUCGGGCUCUGUCGCGGUGGGCAGCGGAGCCGCAGCGGCCAAGGCCGCGCAGGGAGCCGCCUUCAUCCGCAGCAAGGACGCCCCAGAGAUCGUGAUUUUCGAGCAGCGCGCCGAGGAGGACCACUGCUCCCGACGGAACGUGCGCAUCACUCUCGAUGCCCACACAGUCGCUCUGCUGAACAAGCACACGAAGUCCAAGCGAUUUGAGUCUGGGAUGGCGUUGGCAGAUAUCGAGUCGAUACUCCUGGACCAAUGGCGGCGGCUUGGAGGCUCCAACAGCAUUCGGUUCGGCAGCAAGACGAGUCCGCAGGACAUCGCCGCAGAAGCAGAAUGGGACUUGAUCCUGUGGGCUGGCGGCCGGCGAUCGCUGGAGGACUCCACGCGUUCAGAGAUGGGUUGCGACAUGCGCCUGGGGGAGAGUGAAGAGGUGCUGGUGUUUGAGAUGCGGCACUUCAGCCGUGGAAAGGGCGGGAGUCCAGUGAAGAUCCAGGAGUUGGAGCAGCUGGCCGCGGUGGACCUCACCUUCUGCGCGCGGAGCGCGGCGGCCGCGUGCGCGGGCAGCGAGCAGGCCGCGGGCAGCCUGUCCUACCGAGUGGUCCUCCGCGUCGCGCAGGAUGCAGCGACGACCCCUGCGCAGCCGCUUUGCUGGCUUUGGUUUAUGGGAUUGCCGGAGGAGCUGAAGGCUGCCAAGGAGAAGCUGGGUCGAGGCAAGCCCCAGGCGUGCGAGAGCGUCGUGGCCGCUCUUCAGGCAGAGCUGUCCAGACUGGGCUUUGACCUUCAGGAAUCCUGGGCGCCCCAAAUUCUUGCAGCUGCUGGAGCCUUGCAGGAGAAGCUGCUCAGCCCAGCCGAAACUACGGUGCGUUGGGUGGAUGCCUCCUUCUGGUCCUCGGACCACGUGGUCUGCACCUCGCCACCUGGCCCUUCGGGCUCCAGUGUGCCUUUCCUGCUUCUUGGGGAUGCUGCAAUGGGGAAGCCCUUCUACACGGGAACCAACCUUAACGUUCAUUUUGGGGAGGUGAAGGCCCUCUCCCGUCUUCCGGUCAUCCGUUGGGGUGUGGGAACUCAGAUGCCAGCCCGGUGCACGUCGCCCUUCCUGCUUUCCUCGGACGAGGCUGCCAUGGCUGCCUACCAACCCUACGAGGAUCGCUUUCAGGAGGUCUUGACCCGAACGCCUGGCUUCAAGCGCAGCGAGCGCCGCUGGGCAAAGGCAAAGACCUGCCAGUUUGCUUAG